UUUCUCUUUCUCUUUCUCUUUCUCCAUAAUAAAAAUAAAAAGAAAAACAAAACAGAGCAUCCUCUGUUUCUCUGUGUACUCUGUUUUUUCCACCAAAAAAUGGUGCGGAUUAUUCCCUUGCCCACCAACGCUAUCACCGGAAAGCCUUCACCUUUGGAAACUUUUGUGGCCAUACUCGUUCUCUGCAUUCUGGGUUUCUACACCCUCUAUUACCCUUACCCUGUUUCAACUUCAACCGCCAUUGAUCUCUUUCUCUCUUCUGCUUCCAACUCCACCAUCUCCUCCUACCUUCGCAGCCUCACCCUCCACCCUCACCUCGCCGGAACAAAGCUCGCCGCCGAUACCACACGCCUCGUCAUAAACCACUUCAGGUCCCUUAACCUUCCAACGCACACAACAACCUACACCACACUCCUCUCUUACCCUCUUCACUCCUCUGUUUCAUUGCAUUUCCCAAACGGUUCAGUUCUCAACCUUCCACUCACCGAACCCGUUCAUUUCAGCGACCAGACCGGACAACCAGUGGUGCAACCUUAUCACGCUUACUCGCCGUCCGGUUCGGCUUAUGCGAGGGCGGUUUUCGUGAACUACGGCAGGGAGAGGGACUACCGUGCGCUUCGGGCGCAGGGGGUGCACGUUAGCGGCUGCGUCGUUGUGGUUCGUAAAGGCGGCGGGUUAGGGAGGGGAGCGGUGGUUGAGAAAGCUGAAGAGAAUGGCGCGGUGGCAGUGCUGGUUUACGGGGACGGUGACACGUGGCGUGAUGGGUUCGAGAGAGGUCACGUGAUGAGGGGUGUGGGGGACCCUUUGAGUCCUGGUUGGGCUGGUGUUGAUGGCGGUGAAACCUUGGGUUUGGAUGAUAGCGAGGUUUCGAAGAGGUUCCCCAAAAUUCCAUCUUUACCCUUGUCUGCUGAGGUUGCUGAGACUGUUUUGGGGUCCUUGGGUGGUGCUCCGGUGCCCCUUGAAUGGAGGGGUACCCUAGGAUCUAAGGUCAGGCACGUUGGUCCUGGUCCCACCAUGCUCAAUUUCUCUUACCAGGGAGAGAAGAAAGUGGCAACUAUUCAGAAUGUGUUUGCUGUGAUAAAGGGUUGUGAGGAACCUGAUAGGUAUGUGUUGCUUGGGAACCAUAGAGAUGCAUGGACUUUUGGUGCUGUUGAUCCCAGCAGUGGGACAGCUGCCCUGCUCGACAUUGCCCGGAGAUUUUCGAUUCUGUUAGGUUCCGGUUGGACUCCGAGGAGAUCUAUCAUUCUCUGCAGCUGGGAUGCUGAGGAAUUCGGAAUGAUAGGAUCCACUGAGUGGGUUGAACAAAACCUUAUCAAUCUGAGUCCCAAAGCUGUGGCAUACCUUAAUGUGGACUGUGCUGUUCAAGGGCCUGGCCUCUUUGUUGGCUCAACUCCUCAGCUAGACAAUCUUAUUGUGGAGGUCACAAAGAAGGUCAAGGAUCCUGAUUCUGAGGGUGCAUCAAUAUAUGAGAACUGGGCUGUCACUGGUGAAGACUACAAUAUUCAAAGGCUCAGUGCAGUUGAUUCUGAUUUUGCUCCAUUUGUGCAACAUGCAGGGGUUCCAUCUAUUGAUGUUUAUUAUGGAAGAGAUUUUCCUGUCUAUCACACGGCUUACGACUCGUAUAACUGGAUGACAGAGUAUGGAGAUCCAUUUUUUCAGCGACAUGUUGCCGUUACUGGAAUUUGGGGACUCCUAGCCCUUCACCUGGCCGACGAUUCCGUUCUUCCCUUCAGUUAUGUUUCCUAUGCGAAUCAAUUAUUGUUUUACAAGAACAAGUUGAGCAACUUGUUAGAUCAGCAAGUUUCUCUACAUCCAUUAACCAUGUCAAUUCAAGAAUUUGCUUCUGCUGCCAAGCAAGUUGAUGAUGAAUCAAAGCAACUGAGAUUGCAAGAAACUGCAGGUGAUAUAGUAGAUAUGAAGAAGCGAGCGUUGAACGACAGACUAAUCCUUGCCGAAAAAGGCUUCCUUGAUGCAGAUGGUCUUCAUGGAAGGCAGUGGUUCAAGCAUCUUGUGUUUGGGCCUCCAAGGGACCAAGAAAGCAAGCUAGAUUUCUUCCCUGGGAUUGCUGAUUCAAUAACACAGGGAUCAUCAAAGGCAACAAGUGAAAGAGAAAGGGUAGCAGCAAUUCAACAUGAAAUCUGGAGGGUUGCAAGAGCCAUUCAAACAGCUGCUUCUGCACUAAAAGGAGAAUUCACCUAACCCAUGCAAAUCCAUUUCUAUGUUUUGAGUUACUCGUAAAUAUUCCACUCCAAUAGUUUUGACACUUAUAAAUGUACAUUAGCUUUCAAAAAGGGAGAUGUUAAUGUAUUAUGUCUUAUAUACUCUUAUGUAUGUAUAUAAGCAGUUUUUGUAAUGGUUGGACACUUAUUAAUUAUUAUUCAUACCUGCCAA